UCCACGCGGCGGGUGAGUUGGGGAGGGAGAGAUCGUUCCACGACGGCGACUGCGCACUGAAAUUGCAGACAAAAAAACCCUCAAUUUUCUUUGCCCACACCAAUCCAAACCCUGAAUUUAGGUUUUUUCUCCUUCUCCUUCCCGCGCUCUCUUUCGAGAUUGCCUCAGAAGCUGCAACUGAGAUCUGUCCCUGCGCCAUCGCCGCUUUCGCAUUUCUACUUUCAUUCCCGCUUUCUAUUUAAGGAUAGUUAAGUAGGAAAAAAAUGGCGUAAUUCUUCUUUGAGUGGUCCAAGGACGCAUGGUUCAAUCUUUGGGUUGGGUUGUGUCUUCUAGUUGUCAACUUGAGUAAUGAGCGAUUACGAAGCGGGAAAAAUGAGAAGCUCGUUGUAAACCGUUGUCUUCAAGUAAAUUUUGUCUACAUUGUAGCUUGCGGGGAUUUUUGAAUGUGCAAGUACCUAGCACUGAGGCUUUCCACCUUGACCGCUUCUUGGUCUCCUGUACCUGGUCAUUGUGGACUUUGUUUGAGCAUUAAUUUUUUCAUUAUAUCCUCUGUUUAAGUGGGGGCCGAUGAGCACAUAUAGCUGCUCAAAACAAUACAGUAGAACCAGUGCUAAACAGUGCCUGUACAACUCUAAUGACGAAAGUGCAGCUCGGACUAGGCCAUUCAGCUUUGAAGAUAUUAUGCUUAGAAGGAAGAAUAAAGAGUCAGCUGCUACUGAUGGGGGUGACACAAGUAGCCAAUCAAGAAGGGAAAGCAUAGAUAAGCACAUUACUGCAAAUCGUGAAUCGGAAAGGCAUUUCCGUCACAGUAGAGGUUCUUCUCUUGAUGUGCAAAAUCUCCCAUUGGAGGAAUCAGCCAAGAUUAGCUCAAGAAGGAAAAAAGAGGAGACAUUGUUGAAGGACAAUAUGGUGAUCAGGAGUGACAGAAAUAACUAUGAAUCUGGAUUGACACUGAUAGGUAAGCUGAAGCAUGACACAAAUGGAAAGGAUAAAAGACAAAAGUAUGGCCAGGAAAACCUUGGUUGGGGAAAAAAUGAUGAGCGAUCAAGGAUUGACAUUGAAAAUGAAACUGGAAAGAGGCAUUCAAGAGAUGCAGCUGGCAAGGAUAGGCGUGAAAAUCGUGGUAAGGGGAAAUCUGAAAGAGAAAGUAAGAGAAAAUAUCAACAUGGUGAUGAUGACAGGAACAGAGACAGGCACAUAACAAAGAAACAUGAUCAUGGUAAACAUCAUGACCUAGAAAGUAAAGAGAGAAAGGAAGCUAAAAUAUCGUUAAGUUCACAUCAUGAAGAUUCUAGAUUGAAAAAAAGACGAAAAAGAAGCCUAGAUCGUCAAAGUAAACAUAAAAAAUCUGGUUCACUUUCUCCAAGGCCACCCAAGUCCUCAACUAAAUUAGCCAGGCAGAAGGAGUUGCCAUUAGAUUCUCAUGUAAAGAAGUCUGGAAGAUGGCAUUCUGAUAGUGAUAGAAUAGGGGAUUUCACCAACAGUUCCAGUAGCCAAUACAGGCGGCAUUCUGGGUUAACAAGAAGUGGGCUUGGUGGCUAUUCACCAAGAAAGAGAAGAACUGAAUCUGCUGUCAAGACUCCACCUGUUCGUUCACCAGAGAAGAAAAAUGAAGGGUUGGAUCUUCUUCCAGCUGAAAAGGUUGGAUUAUUUUCUGGUUCAGUUACUUCCAACUUUCAGCCGUCAAAUCCUACAGUUUCCUCAGGCAUUAGUAAUGAUCCAUCUGGUGGUGCUCUCUUUUCUCUAACCACGGGGAAAUCUUUAUCAGGGAUUUCUUCAAAUAAUCUAGCAACGAAGACAAAUGCUUCUUUUGAUUCAAUUCAGCUGACACAGGCAACCCGGCCAAUGAGGAGGCUUUAUAUUGAAAACUUACCACAUUCUCCAUCUGAGAAAGCAAUCAUUGAUUGCCUGAAUGGUUUUCUUACAUCUUCAGGUGUUAAUCACAUUGAAGGAACCCAGCCAUGUAUUAGUUGUAUUAUACACAAAGAUAGGGGGCAAGCUCUUGUUGAAUUUCUUACGCCUGAGGAUGCUUCAGCAGCACUUUCAUUUGAUGGAAGUGACUUCUCUGGUUCCAUUCUAAGGAUUCGGCGACCAAAGGAUUAUGUCGAGCUUGUAACUGGUGACCUGGAUAAGUCGGUGGCAGUAGUAAAUAAAAUCAAUGAUGUUGUUGAGGACUCACCAAAUAAGAUUAUUAUUGCUGGGAUCUCUAAUAGAAUAUCAUCUGAAAUGCUUAAGAAUAUUGUUGCUGCAUUUGGACCUUUGAAGGCCUAUCACUUUGAAAUCAACAACGAUCUUAAUGAACCUUGCGCCUUUUUGGAGUAUGUUGACCAAUCAGUUAUGCCCAAAGCUUGUGCUGGUCUAAAUGGUAUGAAGAUUGGAGGGGAAGUACUAAAAGUGUUUCCAGCUGUUCCCAUUGCAUCGUUGGAACGUAAUGGAUGUCAACCGUGUUAUGGGAUUCCAGAGCAUGUAAAACCUCUUCUUCAACAGCCAACAGUGGUGUUGAAAGUUAAUGUGUUUAAUGCAGAUGUUCUCCCUUUACUAUCUGAGUCAGAUAUCAACGAAGUUCUUGAAGACAUUCGGUUUGAAUGUGCCAGGUUUGGGACGGUUAAAUCCAUGAAUGUUGCAAAGCCAUGCACUAGCUGUGUCAGUGCUGAAGAAGAAUACCAGAGUAUUUGUGAUAUCACUGAUGUGGAGAUCAAACAUGAGAUUCAGGAAAUCAGCACAAUUGUGAUUUCAAGAAAUGAUACUGAUCAUGAUGAUAAUUGCCUCGAUUAUACUUAUCAGGAGCAAGGUAAUUACCCUCACAAUGGUAGACAUAAAAACGAAGUUGUGGAGGACAAAUUGUGUCAUAUGGGUAUCAAGGAUGCUACAUGUUUCGAAGACGUAGUUUGUAAGAGUGCAUUGGAAACAAUCCCUCGAGGAUGCUGUGACAAGCAGAGCAGCCCAGGAAAUGAACUUCAUGGUGUAAAAGUUGCCAAAAUAAUUGAAACUGGCUCAGAUGAGAAACCAGUGCUUCUAGGUGAUUCAAGUACGGUGGUGGCUGAUGAUGAGAAGAAAGUUCUACAUGGAAUGGAUCCCAUGGUGAGAACAGAUUCUGACACAUCUGAGAAGAGAGAAAAGAAGGAACGUAAUAACAAUCUGGAGAGUUCAUUUGCGGUGGGGAGCGUUUUUGUUGAGUUUGGUAGAUUGGAAGCCUCAUGUAUGGCUGCGCACUCUUUGCAUGGAAGGAUUUAUGAUGGACAAGAGAUUAGCGUCGAGUACAUUCCUCAUGAUCUCUAUCAUAAGAGGUUUCCUAAAUGACCACAGUUGAAUACUCAUUGUUGUGAUUUAACUUUUCGCUGUGAAGGCUCUUUGAUUACUGAAGAAGGCAUUUGUUAAUGGCUCAUUUUAGGCCAGCCUCAAUAUUUUUUUGAUCAUUUGGCUCGGAAUCUGAAGCAAGCUAUAUGGCGAAACAAGUCGUUUCUCUGAGUACGCUGAAACGAAAAUUCUGGGAGAAUACAAUUCCCCGAGCUCGACGCCUUUUAACCAGUCUUUAUGCAUUACUGAUAUAUUUUCUCUGCAUGCUUAACAGGUGCAAGGAACUAGAUUAUGGACAUGAAAGUUUAAGGGUGUGGAUAUGGGUAUGGAUAUCUUUUAAACAUUACUUCCAUAUCUGUUACUCUGUGUAACGGCAUUCUCGUGUUCUGAUCUUUGUUGUUGAUCUCUCCCUAACAGUUGAGUUAGUUACUUUAAUACAAGAGAUCAUUAUUUAUCACCA